AGUCAAGAGGUCUCCACAAAGAAGUUUUUCGCAGUAAUUUUUCAAAGAAUUCGUUACCAAAAAUGCCACCACCACACGAUCAUCCACCACGACGUGGUCCAAUUAUAAAAGUGCAAAUAGCACCACCAUGGCCCAGACGUCAUCACCAUCACCCACCGCCAGUUGUUGUGGUGCAACAGCCACCACCACCACCACCCACAGUGGUCUACCAGCAGGCACCACCGCCUCCACCGACAGUGAUCUAUCAGCAGGCACCACCGCCACCACCACCGGGUGGUCAUUACCACAACCCACCACCAUACUAGGAUGUGUCCCAAGAUGUUGAUGAAUUUACAGGAAAAAAAUAUAAAAUUUUUCCCCAUAGAAUAGAAUGAAAAUUU